AUGGACGUCCAAAUAUCAGAGCAGUUCGUCCCGCCCCAGUUUAAGAUAUACGACGGGACGACGGACCCGGAGGCCCACAUCAAGACCUUUUCGAACACAAUGGCGUUCCGUACGGGCAACGACGCCAUCUGGUGCCGAGCGUUUUCUUUAUCAUUGGAGGGGGAGGCACUUGAGUGGUUUAACUCACUUCCUCCCAACUUCAUCGAGAAUUUCGCUGGAUUCCAGCGCAUGUUCAGUCAUAAGUUCGCUGGCAGUAGCACUCAAGACUUGACCAUUUUUGAGUUGGUCACCCUGAAGCAGGGGAAAGAAGAAACUUUGAGAGCAUUCAUGGAUCGCUACCAGAAGACUGUCCGGCGGGUGAAGGGUUUAAGCCUGGAACUCGUUGUGCAGUACGUCCUACCUACUUCCAAGCCCGGACCAUUCAAGGACAGCGUCUGCCGACGAGCGCCCAAAACCAUGGAAGAGUUGCGAGAGAGGGCGGCUGAUGAGAUAAGGGUGGAGGAGAUGAAGAGCAAAGGAGAGAAAAUCGACAGAGGGAAAUCGGGCGGUCAGGUUGGGAAGUCUGGAGGGUUUAAGCAGAGAGAACCACCCCGGGGACCGCGAUUCUAA